CCGCUGCGAGUUAUCUCUCAUUCGCCAACUGCGACUAACUCGAUUAGGCGGUGACUUUAACUGUGAUACUGACAGUGACAACUUUUCACAAUGUACAUAAUUGGAUUACUCGUGUGCGCGGGCAUGUUGAUGACGCUUCUCGACGGCAUCGAGGGCGUCGAAUUCUAUACGGAAAAGCCCGCUUACCUUGAAUCGUGUCGGAUCUAUGAGCCCGAGUUCACCAACUGCUCAACACGUUCGAUUCAGAAAUUCAUGAAUCAGGUAAUCAAAGGUAUACCCGAGAUAUAUGAAUCUUUUGGACCCAUUGACCCCAUGAAACAGGAUCAGCUGGUGUUCAAGCAGGACAACAGCGAUAUUGCCACCAUUUCGGCCAAUCUUACGGAGAUGCUGAUACACGGCUUUGGCAAGAUGGUGAUCAAGGAGAGCAAGGUCAGCAAAAAAGACUUUAGCUGGCUGACAAAGAUCUACUUGCCAACAAUGCGCUUGGAUUGCAAAUAUAAAAUGAUCGGACGCAUUCUGCUAGUGCCCCUCCGAGGAGGUGGCAACAUGUCCAUGGAAAUAGAUGACCUCAACAUACUGAUGAGCACCAAGACACACCUCUACGAGAGGGGCGGUUACACCUUCUACAACGUGACAUCGGUGCGGGUGAGCCUGAAGGUCGGAAAGGUAAAGACCAAUAUGGAGAAUCUGUUCAAUGGCCGCAGCAAGGAGGUGGAGCGCGGCACCAAUCAGUUCUUCAACGACAAUUGGCGGGAUCUGUUCGAGGCAUUGCGUCCUCUGGUCGCCGAGACUGUGGAACGGACGCUGCUGAAGCUGCUGCAGAAGGUGUUCAAUCUGAUACCCGCCAACUUUUUCGUGGAGGACAUACCCAACUCCCUGACCCUGUACGGCCGAAAGACGGAAAUGAUCGCGUAGGAAGAAGAGUGUUUGUUUAAUUUAUACCCUGGAUGGUGUUCCAGCUGCUUACGGCUAACUGUUAGUGUAAAGUACGAGUAAUAAAUGCUAAUCUUAGAAGGUAA